AACGCCUCAAUCUAUACAAGUAGUUGGACUAUGUCGUGGUUCUUAGAAAGAGGCAUCGUAGUCCACGUUAGCUGGCCCCCCUACAGUCCAGAUUUGAACUGUAUUGAACACCUAUGGCCACGACUAAAAGAGCGUCUCUACGAGCUCUGUCCUGAGUUAUUAGCUCCGGGGGCUACGAAGGAUUAA